CUGUUGUCACCUUCUCUCUCCAACAAAAGGGAGUAAUUUUAAUUUUGAGAAAACCUAAGAAAUAAACUAUGUAGUGUGUUACUGUCUAGAAUCUUUUUGCCAUUUAGGAAAGAAAUUUUCUAACACUCACACCAAAUCGUAGAUUUCACCCACAACUCGAUCCAUGCGAUAAACCGCUGAGAAAAAAAAAAGAAGCUUUCUUCUUUGCUCCCAUGGCUUCCUCGUGCCGCGGUUAUUCGAAGACCCAAAUGUGUUUCUUCAAGAUUCUGCGCAUAAUUUCGUCCACUCCACCCUUCACAGAAAAACAAGAACAAGGAGAAGAACAUCAAGAACCCUUCCCCACCAAAGGGGUUGGCAUCGAUUUGAAUCUCAGAUUCUCUCCCCUCACGGAAUCGGAAUCUUCUAGAAGCGACAGCGCCUCCGCCACGCUUCAAAACAGCAACGAAGAACGGCAAGAAGAAGGGUUUCCGGAGAAGAGCGUUCAACUCUCAGAGAAACCCGACGGGGACAACCAAAAUCUUAACAAUGAAGUUAACGACGUUCAAACGGCGUCGUUUCAGGGGCGCGAUAGUAAUUGUCUCGAUUUGCUUAUAGAAGCGGCGAGAGUGGUCUCUGGAAAAGACGAGUCUGACUCGGGAGAAGAGAGGGGACUCGGUACCGAGUCAACGACUCAGCGAGCGAGUCCGGAGAAACGGAAAGAGAGGUGGGUGGUGGUUGAUAUAUACGGCGACGUCUUGGAGGAGAGAGAACCGGUGGUCCGGUCCAAGCGAGGGAGGAACCAAGCGUUGCCGUACCGGUUCAGAGACUCGGUGGUCGAACCGUUGAAACGCGCCACUCGUUCUCAGAGACCGUCGUCAACCUCACACCUCACAAAACGACUUCUUAGGUCGUCAUCCACAACGUAAAACGUGUGUUUGUUUUGAAGCAUGAAUGCAUGGUGAUUCUUCCAGAAAGCCGUUUGCAGCUACGUUAUGGAAGUGGUUUUGGAAAUGGGGGAGACAAAGAAACAGGAGUUGUUGUGGCUGCGAAAAUGCAUGUGUUUUAAGUUAUUGGAAUUCUAUAGUUCUAUUUAUUUGAUCUGCGAGAACAAUGUAUGUUGUCGGCUUCAAACUUCACACAUGACUUGGAAAGAAAGUAAGGUAGAAAGGGUUUUUAAUUUAUUUUUGUUUUUAUUUUUUGGUUAUUGUGUUGGAAUAGAAGUUAGAAGGUACGACCCCCCAAGCUGCUAUAACUUUUGAUUAUGAACACUGCGAAUUGUGCAGUUUAGGGAAUUGAAUUCGAUUCAAUGGUCUCUCUGCAUGUGAUGUGAUGUGACAGAAAAAUGGGGCUAUGAUUUAUUUCUCUCUUUGGCAA